AUGGCGGCUCCCGUCGUCGACGUCAAAACUGUUAAAAAGUUGCUUGAGGAGGGUCUUUCGAAUCUAGGAUUUGAAGUGCACACAUUGAAGGUGGGAUGGUACAAUACUGUGUUACCUGCCAAGUUGCACCUACCUUACCAGGAUGAUUGCCUCGCCGUUGUGGUACUCAGCACUCCUACCAUGUUUGAGCAAGCCUUCCUUCCCUUCAUGGAGGAGAGAAGAUGCCAAGGACUCUCUGACCCCAUUGACCAAUGUGUCAAACACUGUGUCACCUCUGCUGUCUCUCAGUUUACUGGACAACAGGUGGACGUGAGGUACGACUACGAGCUCUUGCCUAGCAGGAAACCAAAAUUCUUAGCGCAGACUGCAGCACAUGUAUCAGGAGCGGCCUUCUACUACCAACAGUCUGAUGUCAGCGACCAUCCCUGGGUUGAUAAAAAGAUGUUCGGUGUGUGCGUGCAUCCCAAGUUUGGAGGCUGGUUUGCCAUCAGAGCUCUAUUAGUGUUCCAAGACAUCCACAUGGACCCAGAAGAGCAGCAGCCUCAGCCUGUGGACUGUGUGCCCAAUAGGGAGGCCAGGAUUCAGCUACUGGAGGAUUUCAACUUACGCUGGCAGGACUGGAACUACAGAAACAUUAUCACACCUACGCAAACUUACUCCCAGAAACAGAAAGACUAUUUUGCCACACCGCCUGCCAAGCGGGAAGAUCUGCUUAGAAGUUGGGGUCUCCUGCCAGAGUCAGAGAACACGCCCUCUCCCAGCUCAGGGGAACACGCUCAGGUGAAUGGACAUAGCUGA